AUGGUGUUGGGGCCAGACUUAGUGGAUGCUACCACGAAGAAAAUUGAGAUCAUCAAACAGAAAUUGCUGACAGCUCAGAGUCAACAGAAGAGUUAUGCUAAUCAGAGGAGGCGACUGUUAGAAUUUAGUGAGGGUGACCAUGUGUUUUUGAGGGUCACACCUACUACUAGUAUUGGGAGGUCCAUUAAAGCGAAGAAGUUAUCUCGUAGGUUUCUUGGUCCCUUUGAAAUUUUGGAUAGAAUUGGAGCAGUAGCCUAUCAGUACCAACUUGAUCUAUCUCACAUCCUAGAACUUGAGGAGUUGGAGUUACAUGACAAUCUAACUUACCAAGUAGAACCAGAAAGAAUCCUUGAUGUGAAGGACCAACAGUUGAGAAAUAAGACCAUUUGGCUAGUGAAAGUUUUCUGGAAGGGCAUGAGUCCUAGUGAUGCCACCUGA